GAGGCAGCUCGAGCCAUGAUGGCAGGUGAAGUUCUGCAGGAGCUCGAGAGCUUGGAGGGGAGUCGGGGGCAGGGCAGCAGCCAGAGGCAGGGAGGCAGAGCUGGUGCAGCUGGGUCGAGUGGAGUCACCCGCCGCCGGGAAGCAAGGAUGUCUCAGCUGUCUGUCAAAGACCACCUAGAGGGGAUCCUCUCCGACUUCGAAGCACUGAAGAGGUCAUUCGAUGUUGAGGAUGCAGAGGAGGGUCCUGGGUUUUCUCCUUCCUCCCUCUUCAGCCCCAGCCCUCCUGCAGCCAUCCUAGCAGCAGGUAACGGGGAGAGCAGGCGGCUGGCCAGCCCCAUGCAGCCCACCUACCAAUCCCGCAUCAGCAUCAGCUCCAGCCCCAGCCCAGCCCACAGCCCUGUCUUGAAAACCAGGAUUAGCAGCAGCCUCUCCUUCAACAGAGGCACCAUCCAGAUGGCCAGAGCCAAUGGCACUGCAGGGUCUGGCCUGACCCGGGUCUCCUCUUUCCAGACCCGGCUCAACCCCAAUGGAUUCUCCUCUUCCUUGGGACCAGGCAGUGACAGCGAGAGCCUCCACAGCUCCUCCUCCAGCUUGGAGUGCCCCCCAUCCAGCCAGGCCCCACCUGGCAUCACCCGGCAGCCUGAGCCCCUGGGGCUCAGUGCCCCCCAGGCCACCAGCCUGGCACUGAAAAAGUUCUCAUCCCACGGUAAUGUCUUCCACUCCGAGGUCGAACGGCCCAUCCGACUGGUCUCCAAGGCCACCAUGAACCAUGGCUCGCUGCCGUCUCUGGACCUGCACAUCGCAGAGGACCAGAGCACUCCUGUCCCUCUCUCUCCUACUCCAGCUAUUUACUCUACCACAGCCUGGAGCUCCAGUGGCCAGAAUAGCAACUUGCUCCUCGCAAAGACCAGCAAGACCAUCAGCAGGGAGCCCUCCUUCUCUUCCUCCUCCUCUACCUCCUCUUCCAGUUCCUCCCUGCCAUGUGACACAGUCCAGCCACCCCGUCCAAAUCUCCCUCCACCAGCCACCAAGCAGCCUAUGAAACUACAGAAAUUCCCCAUCAGUCUGGAUGGGUUGAUGGGGAAGCCACUAGAUGGCUCUGACUCAACUUCAAGCACCGACUCUACGCCCAGGCCACUACCAAGGACACAGCUCAAGGUCAGCCUCAGUGCCAGCCCCAGCCUGUCCCAGGAGGCCAAGGAGGAGGCAGCAGCAGCCACUACCACCACUGUGAGUGGAGUCUCCAUGGUGCCCUCUCCAGGGAGGCUCCUGGGUAUGCAGGCCCCCGAGAGCCCUGUGCCACUGCCACAAUCUCCUUCUCAGGCUGCAUCCUUCAGGCUCGUGUCUCAGCCUCAGACCAUGCAAGUGACUUCUCAGCCCUCCUUCCUCAGGGGCCAGGAGCUCGCACUGUCACAGGAGGCACCAACUGCACCCAGCCCGAAGAGACAUGCUAAGCCCAUGACUGAAAAGACAAACUCUUCCUCUGGCUCCAAGAUCUCAGGGCUCCAGGCUCCCAUGCCUGGCUCCUACCCAAUGGAGACUCCCAACAUGGGGAUGACUGGGCCUCCGGAGGUGGCUUCUGUGCCUGAGGUGCACAGCAGAGAGAAGACAAAGGAAGGGAGCAGCCCAGAGCCAGGGUGGAUCAGCAUGGAGGAGCAGCCACUCCAGGCAGCGCAGGAGGGGGCACCCCAUGAUGUGCCGGGCAAGGUGGGCCGUGAGCUCUUUGGCUAUGUGGGCAUCGAGGCAGUGUUGGACCAGAUGAGGAUCAAAACUAUGAAAACCGGCUUUGAGUUCAACAUCAUGGUUGUAGGGCAGAGCGGCCUUGGCAAGUCCACAAUGGUGAACACCCUCUUCAAAUCGAAGGUGAGCUGCAAGGCCACCACUCCCAGGCACGAGGAACGCAUCCCAAAGACGGUACAGCUGCAGUCGGUUACCCACGUUAUCGAGGAGAAGGGCGUGAAGAUGAAGCUGACUGUGACGGACACACCAGGAUUCGGGGACCAGAUCAACAAUGAAAACUGCUGGGAUCCCAUCAUCAAAUACAUCAACGAGCAAUAUGAGAGGUACCUGCGAGAGGAGAUUCUCAUCAGCCGCAAGCAGAAGAUCCCAGACACCAGGGUCCACAGCUGUGUGUACUUUGUGCCACCCACAGGCCACUGGCUGCGUCCCCUGGAUCUGGAGUUCAUGAGGCGGCUGAGCAAGAUUGUCAAUGUGGUGCCUGUGAUUGCCAAAGCAGACACCCUCACACUGGAAGAGCGGGCAGAGUUCAAGCAGCGGAUCCAGAGGGACUUGAAGGCUCAUGGGAUCAGCAUCUACCCACAGGAAGACUUUGAGGAGGACCCAGACGAGAGGAUAUUGAACGAUAAAAUUCGAGACAAAAUCCCCUUUGCUGUGGUAGGAGCAGAUCAGGAGCAUCAGGUCAAUGGGAAGAGGAUUCUGGGACGCAAGACCAAGUGGGGGAUCAUUGAAGUGGAGAACCCAUCCCACUGUGAAUUCCCCAUGCUGCGGGACCUGCUUAUCCGAUCCCACCUGCAGGACCUGAAGGACAUCACCCACAACAUGCAUUACGAGAGCUACCGUGUGCGGCGGCUGAACGAGAGCAACCGGCUGGCGCUCAGCCCUGUCAAUGGGCUGCAGGAGAAGGAUGAGGUGGAGAGCAACCUCUGAGCAGCAAGGGCAAGGUGUCCCUGCCCUUGUGGCCCUGCACCUCUUCCUGUACAGGGCACAUGGACUGAUUGCACCAGGGAGGAGCACACCCACUUCCUGCUGGGAGCCACCCCCGGCCUCUGGACAGUCCCCAUCUCUCCCUUCUCAAUGUCCCAGUGCCCCAGCCAUCUUGUCCAUUCAUGUGCCCUCUGGAGCCAGGCCUGGUGCCACUUCUGCCAAUGUGCCAAGACCUCACUGCCAAGCUGCAGCUCAUGGAGAUGCUGGGACUGUUGUGCCAACCACUGCCUCACAGACACUCCUUCUCCCUUCCACCUUUCUCCCCCCUACUCUGCAGCUGCCCCUGACUAGGACUUCCCCAAGCUAGUCCUAGCUGCACCCCAACUGCCAGUGACUUUUGUGUUGUGCCCCUGAUACUAUGUGCUCCUCUGCUCCACAACAAGUGUCUCCUCAGUUCUGGAGAGUUCCCAUUGCCUCUGUGGGGCCAGCAGGUCUGAGCACCCUAUGCCCAGGCCACCAGAGGACAGGUCUCAGGGGCCUCAAGCAGCAGCAGUGGGCAUGGAGGUCCAGCCCUUCCCAGGGCAGUGCCAGGCCAGCCCACCUCCAAACACUGCUUCCUUUGCUGGGGCAGUCCUAGAUCUGCAGCUGAGCACUGGUCUUCCCUUCCCUCAGUAGGAAAGAGCAAAACCCACCAUGCAUGCACUGCACUGAGACUGCUGGACCCUUGGGGGCUGUAGGACCAGCUGAGGGGAGAUACAGUGCCAGGCCUUCACUGGGAAGGAUAGGAGACCCUGUAUGCGAGAGAAAGGGGAAGGGGAAACUAUUGGUCUGAGGGGCCAACCCUCCUUGCUGUGGGAUGCGGGAUGCCUGGGGUUAUCAGGCCAGCCCUCUGCCAUGCAGUGGAAGAACCCCUCUAUAAGGUCCUAGAGGAUGAGGGUGCAGGGUUGGUUGGGAAAGUCAGGGUUAGAGCUAGCCAGAGUGGAGGGCCCAAGUCCCAUCCUAAUGAACAGGAAGUGGGGGAAGCUGCCAGCUGCCCCAUGCCAAGAGAGUGGCACUUACUGGGCUGGGCAUGACUGUCAUGGAACUGGAGAGCCAAAGGGGUCCCUGAGGUGAUCGCCAGCAGCCUCCCUCAGCCAGCCCUGGGCAGUGUAUGUAUGUUCACUCCCUUGUGUAUAGUGCGCUGUGGGAUUUACUCUGCCUGCGGACUUUGAUCACAUAUUAAAAAUCAACCUGGAA